AUGGAUGAGACGUCAACGACACGAUUUCCCCGCAUCCGUCGAGCAUCCGAUGCGCCGGACGAUGGCCGAGCACCCAAACGGCUGAAAGAGGAUCCCAUUCGGCCGCGGGUCAACAGAGCAUGCGAUCGCUGCAAGUCGCGCAAAACGCGAUGUUCGGGGACUUGGCCUUGUGUCUUCUGCGCUCACCUUCAGCUUGACUGCCAGUUCACGGCGACGUAUCGACGAGGCCAACUUCUACCAGCAGUCGACAACGAAACUGCGGCCUCUGACUAUUCAAGAGACCUCGGCCGCUCUCCUUCGACCUCGGAACAGAGGAACGGAGCUGAUGGCAGCAAUCACCAAGACUCAAUCUCUAACGGAACCCGGGUGCAGUUUCACUCGCAAACAACUGCACUUUCAGGGUCGGCGCUGGAUUUGUCUCCUUCCGGGAUUCGAGCUGCUGAACCUCUUGAUGUCUUGAAUACCCAGUCCCAAGAGCUACAUCAACAUCAGCCCUCCACUCGCAACUCACCUGAGCCCUCUCAAACGGAUGAACAGGGCCACUAUGUGGGCCCGGCUUCUGGAGUCUCAUUUCUCUUGAGGAUCCAGAGGAAGCUGCAAGUCCAAUCUCCCGGUUACUUCAACUCUUCAGUAUUCAACUUUGGCGAUCGACCGUUACCUGGACAUGACUCCUCCUUCGCGAUCUUGCCACCAAAGACCAUAGCAGAGUCGAUGGUCAAGAGAUACUUCGCCUUCGCCGCAACCACGCACCGCUUUUUACAUCGUCCUUCUGUGGAAUCAUGGCUGGAAGAGCUGUACGACACUCACGGUGCUAUGCUCUACAAAGAGUGUGCUCGGAGUCGAACGGCAAUCCUCUUCAUGGUGUUUGCUCACUCCAACAAUUACCGAAGUCGCUUGUCUGUUGACGGCAAGGAUUCGACAUGUGAGUCAACUGAAGUUAGUGCUCGGUUCUUUGCCGUUGCAGAGCACCAAUUGUCGAUGGAGAAGGGCCAGAUAAGCUUGGCGCACGUGCAGGCACGCCUAGCCCAGUGCUUCUAUCUCUUAGCCCAGUCCCGACUUAAUCACUGUUGGACUCUAUUUGGCAUUACGGCCCACCUGGCUAUGGCUCUCGGAAUACACAGGAAGUCCAGGCUUGACGGCAAGUCAACGGAUCGCGCCAAUCAUAUCGAUUUGGAGUGCCGGAAAAGAACGUUCUGGUGUGCGUACAAUCUCAACACAUAUUUAAGCGCUGCUUUAGGUCGGCCUAUGACGUUCCAUGAUGAGGAUAUUGACCAGGAAUUACCCCUAUGUAUUGAUGACGAACAACUCCUCUUUGGCUUAUCGUCUAAGCCAAUUGUCUGCGGGCCAUCAGUAACUUCUGGUAGUGUGGCUCAAAUAAGGUUAUCUCGAAUCCUUGCACAAAUUCUCCGGGCUUUUUACGGAAUACGUUCUCCAUCUACCGAGGAGCACUUUGCAUUAGCCGAGAAGUUCAGCAAAGAGUUAACUGAAUGGCGAGAUCACAUAUCCUACCUUCUGGAUGCCGGCGGCAGCUCCGCCAUUUUUGUCAAGUUGGUUCUUCGUCAACGGGAUGUUCUCAAGCUUGCGUACUGGCAUGCCCAAAUUCUUGUCUAUCGACCGUUUCUGUUGAAGACAUUCUCUGCUGUGGACACCAAUGACGAAAGCUUUCUAUCAACUAAACAACAGCAAACCCAACAAAACAUCAAAAGUUGCAUUGAUGCGGCGAUGAGUAUUGCUGAGCACAUUGACACCAUUGACUCUGCCGGGGAAUUCUACAGCACUUUGUUCUUCAUUCCAUACUACGGCUUCAGUGCUGUAGUAAUUCUCUACGUAUACGCGAUCCAACAACGAGCAGAGGCGCCUGAGAAGUAUUCUCUUUGCUUUCAGCUGGCUUCGAAAUGCCAUUCCCUGUAUGAGAGAAACUCAGUGAAGGGUACCUUGACGCAACGCUAUGGGGUUGUUUUACAAGAACUGCGCCUCGAAGUUCUCCGGAACAACAACUACCUGGCUUCUACUUCACCCAUCCAGGCUGGUGGAGACUCCGUGCCCAGCGAAAUGAUGACAGCAAGAGAUUCUUCAACAGCAACUGCGAUGUACAACGUAAGAGCGAAAAGCCAAUUUGACGACCUGCACACCGGCUCAAAGGCUGCAACAUCUCAGAUAGUAAACACCACCGAGGACCAACUAGUCAAUGGCAAUGCUGGCCAUGUAACUUCAGUUGACGCUUUAAACACCGAACUCUUUCAAAUCAGCGAUUGGGGCCAAUUUGACUCUUUGGUUACGGGCGGCAUCGGAAGCUUGGACGCCUUUGUCCUCGGUGAGCCUAAUGAGACCUGGGAAAAUAUCAACACUUCAGACUUCAACACCUGA